AUGGAUAUGACAGCGUCUGCUCCAGCCGCCGAGCUGAGCAUUCUGCAAGCCUCGGGGCUGAUGCUGGCAUACUCCAUCAUAUACGUGCUCCCCCUUUACGCAUCAGAUGCCACAAGGCCCUCUCCGUCACGAUCCAGAGAUGAUCCAGCUGCAAUCCGUGCCCGUGUGCGAGCCGUGACGCUCUCCACCACAGCCUGCUCCAUCGUCACCCUCAUCACACUCUGCUGCCUGUCUCAACAGCGUCCCGCCCUCUACCUGAUGGGCUACUGGCCUGUCCGCCUGGUUGAAUCCGCCAAAGCCCUACUGCUGACAGCCACCCUCUUCGCAGGCCCUCUGUACGAAAGUCUCUUUAUCGACGGUGGUUGGCGCUACAUAGGCACAGGCUUACAACGCCUCUGGCAGAGUUGGCCAGAAUGGCGAAACAUUGUCGCUGGACCCGUCACCGAAGAAUGCCUGUUUCGCUCUGCUGUAGUCCCGCUUCUGGUAUUAGCCAAAGCCAGCCCUUCCAGUAUUAUAUUCCUGUCGCCUCUUGUAUUUGGUGUUGCUCACAUCCACCACUUUUACGAGUUUCGUCUCACCAACCCUGGACUUCCCAUCUACGCCGCCGUAGCCCGCACUGUCAUACAGCUGACCUAUACGUCCGUGUUUGGCGCCUACGUCACAUUUCUCUUCCUGCAAACCGGAUCACUCCUUGCUGUAGUGCUCGUUCACGCCUUCUGCAAUUCUCUUGGCCUCCCGCGCGUCUGGGGUUUCAUAUUAUGUUCUCCUGUGUCCGGAUCGUCAUCCAUGGAGUAA